CGGCUCCUCGCCGCCGCCGCCCUGGCCGGCCUGGCCGUCAUCAGCCGAGGGCUGCUAUCGCAGAGCUUGGAGUUCAACUCUCCUGCCGACAACUACACCGUGUGUGAAGGUGACAAUGCCACCCUCAGCUGCUUUAUCGAUGAACAUGUGACCCGCGUGGCCUGGCUGAACCGCUCUAACAUCCUGUACGCCGGCAACGACCGCUGGACCAGCGACCCUCGUGUGCGGCUGCUCAUCAACACGCCCGAGGAGUUCUCCAUCCUCAUCACCCAGGUGGGGCUGGGAGACGAGGGCCUCUACACCUGCUCCUUCCAGACCCGCCACCAGCCGUACACCACUCAGGUCUACCUCAUCGUCCACGUCCCCGCCCGCAUCGUGAACAUCUCCUCACCUGUGACAGUGAAUGAGGGGGGCAAUGUGAACCUGCUCUGUCUGGCUGUGGGGCGGCCAGAGCCAACAGUCACCUGGAGGCAACUCCGAGACGGCUUCACAUCGGAGGGCGAGAUCCUUGAGAUUUCGGACAUCCAGCGCGGCCAGGCGGGGGAGUAUGAGUGCGUGACCCACAACGGGGUGAAUUCGGCGCCAGACAGCCGCCGAGUGCUGGUCACAGUCAACUAUCCGCCGACCAUCACGGACGUGACCAGCGCGCGUACUGCCCUGGGCCGGGCCGCGCUCCUGCGCUGCGAAGCCAUGGCCGUGCCGCCCGCAGACUUCCAGUGGUACAAGGACGACAGACUGCUGAGCAGCGGCGCGGCCGAGGGCCUGAAGGUGCAGACGGAGCGCACCCGCUCCAUGCUCCUCUUCGCCAAUGUGAGCGCCCGGCAUUACGGCAACUACACCUGUCGUGCAGCCAACCGGCUUGGAGCGUCCAGCGCCUCCAUGCGGCUCCUGCGCCCCGGAUCUCUGGAGAACUCAGCCCCGAGGCCCCCGGGGCCCCUGGCCCUGCUCUCCGCCCUGGGCUGGUUGUGGUGGAGAAUGUAGGCGCGGCCAGUGCAGGGCGCCUCCCCCCAGGGGGCCUCAGGCCAGAGCGAGAGGAAAAGGGGGAGCAAGCGCUGUAGGUUUCGAGGGGUCAGAAGAGCUCUCAGUCACUCGAGGAAGAGAAGCAGGAGGAGGAAAGAUCUUUAGAGAACCCAUCACUGUGAGGGAUAACGCAAAAUUAUGCAUCUUUCUACAGCCAUUCUCGCCACCCGUUCACCUUUCCGAUUGUGACCCAGCCCCGGCCGCCCCACACCCCUCUCUCAGCUCAGGCUGUCCUCCACUGGCUUGUGUGUGGGUGUGUGUGAGAGUGUGCGCCUGCACGUGUGUGUACGUUUGUGUCAGCGUGGACUGGGGAGGGGAGUGCGCCCCCCAAGCCCCCUGCCCGACCCUGCCGGCACCCCCGAGGUGUGGGUGCUUCAGGCUCCCGGCGUCCCGCGCAUGCUCGCACCGGCACCGACACCCCAGUCCAGCCCUGUCCAAUCGCACCUCCGCGGCAGGUUGAGAGUGGGGUGGGCUUUCACUGACCCAUCAUCCAGCCUUUGUGACUCGGUGGGGACCUCUAUCGUGGCUCCCUUGGUUCCUCCUCCCUGCUGCACACCAGCUGCCUGCCGCCAGAGGUCUCCUCGCUGGCGCAGUGGCCUGAGACCUCCCCACUUCCCUCUCUGUUCCCACCCUGGACUUUCUGGCCCUCUCCCGGGCUAAUCGGUGCUUCCAUCCAACUGUCAGGCUGGUGGCAGUAGCCGCCUGUCCCAGUGCUUUGCCCUCCCCUGCCACCCCUCCUCUUGGCCACCUGCAGCACCCACCAGCUGCCCCCUGGUCCCUGCAGUCUGCGGCCUCUUCACUCACUGGCCCCAAAGGCUGACCUGACCGUCUUCGCAUGCGUGCACGCACGCGCACACACCCAUGACCAGCAAUACCCGCUGGUUCCAGCUGCCCGGUAGCUGGUGUCCAGCCGUGGUGUCCCCAAAGCGGGCACUGUCGUCAGGCAGGGACGUUGUGAGUGUGGCUUCAGCUCAGAUGGCCAGGUACUCAGCCCUGGUCUGCCACACCACAAAGAGCAGGGGGGAGAGGUGUCACAUAGACAUCCUGAGCCCAGACAAAGUCGCCGUGUCACCAACCCCGACUCCCUGAGACCCUGUAUAACCACCUACCCAGAACUACCCCACCCAGAGUGCGGUGGUGAAGAGGGCAGAGGGACACCGGGGCAGUGACUGUACCUCAGACGGGGGCGUGGGCCCCAUCACACAUUGUCUUCCAUUCCCAGGG